ACUGCGGGACCGCGGCGGCGGCAGCCUCCCGGGAGCUACGCUAGUGGCACCUGAGCUACUCAAGACUGGAAGAACUCUGAGCUGAGCAGUGGAGGGCCCCCUGGAUCUGCAGAGAAGAGGCGACCUUGGAACCAGUAAUGAGCCAUCCUGACUGCAGGCUGAACCUCCGGUCCCUGGGGACUCCCAGAGGUGUGUCCUCUGUGGUCGGCCCACAUGGUGUUGGUGCUUCGCCAGGUGACAAAAAGGCAAAGAACAAGUCCGUACGAGGGAAGAAAAAGAGCAUAUUUGAAACCUACAUGUCCAAGGAGGAUGUUUCAGAAGGCUUGAAGAGAGGAACACUUAUCCAGGGUGUAUUGAGAAUUAAUCCAAAGAAGUUUCAUGAAGCCUUCAUUCCUUCCCCGGAUGGUGAUCGAGACAUUUUUAUUGAUGGUGUUGUUGCUCGUAAUAGAGCCUUGAAUGGGGAUCUGGUGGUCGUGAAGCUGCUUCCAGAGGAGCAGUGGAAGGUAAUUAAACCAGAGAGCAAUGACAAAGAAACAGAAGGUACCGAUGAAUUAGAUCUCCCUGAAGAGCCCUUUGGAAGCCAUCUCCCGCAGCAGUCCGUGAAAGGCUAUAAUGACAGUCCUGAUGUCAUUAUAGAGGCUCAGUUUGAUGACAGCGACUCAGAAGAUGGACAUGGCAACACACAGAAUGUCCUGGUUGAUGGUGUUAAGAAACUCUCAGUUUGUGUUCAUGACAAAGGCAAAGAAGAUGCUGAUGCGCCAGUCACAAAAGAUGAGAGUGCCUCCAUGUCACAGGACACAAGAGCUUUAUCAGAGAAGUCGCUGCAAAGAUCAGCAAAGGUGGUUUACAUCUUGGACAAAAAACACUCCCGAGCAGCAACGGGCUUUCUCAAACUCUUGGCUGAUAAGAACAGUGAACUGUUUAGGAAAUACGCCCUGUUUUCUCCCUCGGACCACCGAGUGCCUAGAAUUUAUGUGCCUCUCAAGGACUGUCCCCAGGACUUUGUGACCCGGCCUAAAGAUUAUGCCAACACGCUGUUCAUCUGCCGCAUUGUGGACUGGAAGGAGGACAGCAAUUUUGCCCUGGGGCAGCUGGCUAAGAGUCUUGGGCAGGCUGGUGAAAUCGAGCCUGAAACAGAAGGAAUACUAACAGAGUAUGGUGUGGAUUUCUCUGAUUUUUCUUCAGAAGUCCUAGACUGUCUCCCUCAACGCCUCCCCUGGACAAUUCCACCAGAGGAAUUCAGCAAGAGAAGAGAUUUAAGGAAAGACUGUAUCUUCACCAUUGACCCAUCAACUGCCCGUGACCUCGAUGAUGCCCUCUCCUGCAAGCCACUUGCUGAUGGCAACUUUGAAGUGGGGGUUCAUAUUGCUGACGUCAGUUACUUCGUUCCUGAGGGGUCCCCUCUGGAUAAAGUGGCUGCUGAGAGAGCCACAAGUGUCUACUUGGUUCAGAAGGUUGUCCCCAUGCUUCCCAGGCUUCUGUGCGAGGAGCUGUGCAGCCUCCAUCCCAUGACCGACAAGCUGACCUUCUCUGUGAUCUGGACACUCACCCCGGAGGGCAAGAUCCUUGGUGAAUGGUUUGGUCGGACCAUCAUUCGCUCCUGCACCAAACUGAGCUACGAGCAUGCACAGAGCAUGAUUGAAAGCCCGACUAAGAAAAUUCCCGAGAAGGAGCUGCCCCCCAUCUCCCCGGAGCACACCAGUGAGGAGGUACACCAGGCUGUGUUGCAUCUCCACAGAAUCGCAAAGGAGUUACGCAAACAGCGGUUUGUGGACGGCGCACUGCGUCUGGAUCAACUAAAGCUUGCUUUCACUCUGGAUCACGAGACCGGAUUGCCUCAAGGAUGUCACAUCUACGAGUACCGCGACAGCAACAAGCUCGUGGAGGAGUUCAUGCUCCUGGCCAACAUGGCAGUGGCCCACAGGACCCACCGCGCCUUCCCUGAGCGGGCCCUGCUGCGCCGGCACCCCCCGCCCCAGACCAAGAUGCUCAAUGACCUCAUGGAAUUCUGUGACCAGAUGGGGCUGCCCAUGGACUUCAGCUCUGCCGGGGCCCUCAAUAAAAGUCUGACCAAAACAUUUGGAGAUGACAAGUACUCGCUGGCCCGGAAGGAGGUGCUCACCAACAUGUGCUCCCGGCCUAUGCAGAUGGCACUGUACUUCUGCUCGGGGGUGCUGCAGGACCGGGCUCAGUUCCGGCACUACGCUCUCAACGUGCCGCUCUACACCCACUUCACGUCCCCCAUCCGCCGCUUUGCGGACGUGGUGGUGCACCGCCUCCUGGCCGCCACUCUCGGCUACAGGGAGCUGCCGGACCUGGAACCCGACGCCCUGCAAAAGCAGGCCGACCACUGCAACGACCGCCGCAUGGCGUCCAAGCGCGUUCAGGAGCUCAGCACCGGCCUCUUCUUUGCCAUCCUCGUGAAGGAAAGCGGCCCCCUGGAGUCAGAAGCCAUGGUGCUAGGCGUCCUGAACCAAGCCUUCGACGUGCUGGUGCUGCGCUACGGGGUGCAGAAGCGUAUCUACUGUAACGCACUGCCCCUGCGGUCCCACCACUUCCAAAGGGUGGGCAAGAAGCCGGAGCUCACGCUUGUCUGGGAGCCUCAGGACCUGGAGCAGGAGCCAGUGAAGCAGGUCAUCAGCGUCUUCAGCCUGGUGGAGGUGGUGCUGCAGGCGGAGACCACGGCCCUCAAGUACAGCGCCCUCCUGAAGCGGCCGGGCCCGCAGGAUGAGGAGGAAGCCUGACAGACGGUGGCCCCCAGCCCCGCCACACCCCACGCACACAACUGUCCCACCCGCUGGCUUUUAGGAAUAGGACCUUUUGACACCAAAGGGGAUUUUUAAUUUGGUUUUUAACAACUCAGGGUUUUUGUUUUUAUUUCUUCAUUUUGUUUUAUUUUGGCAGCUCAGUUUUUAAAUGAACUGGAGAGGAGAUGGUGGGGCUGGACGGAAGGCUGAGGCCUCGCUGGUGCUUACCCAGAGCAGAGCAGGACCCGGUCCUCCUGGGAGGCCAGCCCCUCUUCUGCCAGGCCACCCACUGCCUUCCCCUGCCCAGGAAGCCGGGGGGGUUCAGCAAAUCAGUGUCAUGGAAUAAAAUCAAGUGAAUUGCUGUCUGGUGUGUGGGGCACCACCAGGAGACCAGGGCAGCAGGGUGCCCCUUGGGCCCAGGACAAGGGACCUGGCUCAGGCUCCACCCCUCACAGCCGAGCUGAGGUCGCCACCCUCCGGAACCUUCUGUCAGUUCCAGGAUGAUUCACAGAGCUGGCCACAUGUCCUGCUGAUGCCAGGGCCUCAUUCUGGCUGAUUAGAAACGUAAUUAGUAUGCAAGACAGCAAGCUCAGCUAUCAACCCUGCCGCUAGUGGCUGUGUCCGUCCCUGCCCCCACCACUUCCUCUGCCUGCUGGCCUCAGGGUGGGGCGCAUGGGCCCUAUAAUCCCCCGCCCAGACCCUAGGCCAGAGCUCUGAGUAGCCCCAUCCAUACCCCCUUGGUUCAGGCUGGCCCCUCAGUACCUCCAGGGCCAGUCCCAAACCCCAGCAGCGCUGAGGGGUCAGGGGGACUGAGGGGCCCCGGCCUGCCAGAGGGGAGGGGAGCCCUCAGACUGGCCUUCCCCACCAGGGCUGGGAAACGGAUGCCUGGUGCCUCCAUCCUGGCCUAGUCACCUGCCCGGCAUCGUCCUGAGCACCCACCAGUGGCAUCAUCCUCGGGGACCCAGGGACAGAGGUGGAGGGCCACUGGGCAGUGCUGUCUCCCCAGCUGGCUGCCCCCGGCCCGCACUCCUUUCCCACCUAACUAGGGACCCACAGGUCGGCUUCCCCGGGAGCCGCCAGGAACGGAGGUGAAAACCACGGUGCCCGGGUCCUGGGUCCACCAUGCCGUUCCCUCUGGUGUCAGCGUCAAGCCCAUUAGCUCUGGUGGCAAUGAAUUUUCUUCAAAGCGGAAUUCAAUACAACAGCCUGUAGAGGGCCUGGCGGGAACUGGAGGGCCCUUGGUGCCGCUGCCUUUGUCCGCCAGCAGGCCACGGCCCCUCCUGCGUCCAGCACUGGGCGGGGUGUCAGAGGGGAAUGAAGGACACCGUUCAGUUCCUUUAUUCCUCCUCCAGCACCCUAGCCAGCCUUCCCGGUGUCCCGGAGGCCACCACCCACUCUCUGUUCCUGUCCCCAGAAUCUUCUCCGGCAACCAAGUAUCUGGAAGGGAAGAUAGGUGAGGGUCUGGUGGUUUGGCAUUUGGAUGAGGAGAUUUCUGGAUGUUUCCUGUCCUGGGCACCCGGACAGAGCCCAAGUCCCCCUCCCCUCGGCUGAGGAGGAGCAGCUCCAUUCUCCCCUGGUGCUGUCCCCGGCCAGCCAUGGAGCCUGGGAGCUGGGAGCAGGGCAGAGCCCCAGGGAGUGGCACCCCUCCGGAAGCGGUGUGUCAGGGCAGUCAAGCAGCUUGGACUCAGGCCGGAUCCCCCUCCCGUGGCUCCAGUGCGCCUCCCCCUCAGCCCUGGAGGAGCAUAGCCGGGUUGGUCAGCAAGGAAGAUCUUGGCUCCCAGGACUCGCGUGGGAGGCAGAGGCGGGUCUCGCCCUGAUGCACCCUAGAGCCAUGGGGGCCACUGCAGCCCCAGCCCACCCCCACUCCAUUUGACAGAAGUGGGAACUGUACCCAGCAAGGAAGCAGGUCUCCGGCCAGGACCAGGCCUCAGGCACCUGCCGGCCGCUACACCCCCACUGUGGUGCCCGUGGGCCCAGAGGAGGCGGCCCGGCACCCUCCCCAAGUCACUGGAGUCCAUCUCAUCCCCUCCCCCAGUCCACAGGGCCCUGGCCGAAGUCCACAGAGGGGGCCACCCCUUCCGCGUCCCCACGUGAUGGAGCUGUUGACAACAAGAUGACCAGGCACAAACCUCAUCAGAAAGGAAGACUCGCUCACCCCGUGGGCUGCUCCAGAGCCCCUGCAUGCCAGCUCAGGCCUGUCCUGCUCCCAGGACCACCUCGGUCACCACAUGGACGGAGACGUAAUGCAAAUAAUGUCCCUGGGGCACAAGGUUCUAGCAGAGUUCCGAGGCUGGAGAGCGUAUUCCCAGCCACGAGGGGACAGUAGCCAGAAGACAACACGUGGGCCCCACACGGGUGAAGAAACUGAGACUUGAAGGUAUCUGACUUAACCUUGAGCUGUGAAGGUCAAGGUCAUUAGGAUCGGAGAGCGCUGAGAGGAUGUGCAGGAAGAUGCUGGGACAGGAGACUGCAUGGCCCUCGAGCUGGCCAGGGAGGCUGCACCCAUCUGAGGGCCACGUGGGGCCCCUGAGGGGUUCUGACCACAGCUGUGCCACGAAAGGGCCUCUGUGCCUUCACUCAGUCAGCCAUGUGGUCUCGGGGCUGCCGUCCGAAGAGGACUCGUGUCACUAGCGCGCCAGGUGGUGGUGACGCCAUGAAGGUAAAGCAGGGAAGGGAGGGCGAGUGUGGGCAGAGCCUCAGGGAGCAGCCUGCUGGCUGUUUGCAGGUGCAGACCCUGAGGUCCAGGGCCAUCUGGGAGGGAGUGGGAGGCCGGAGCGCAGGAGAGCCAG